UGAUAGUAUUAGACACGCGAAAGUAUAAUUAUGUUCGACCCCACGGCUAUGUUCCGCUUCGGACGACCAGCGUUGAUAUACUCAUAAAACCCCUUCACUUCCCAACUUAUUCGUCCUAGAAUCCGAAGCUCUUUUCAGUAUGUUGGCCUUAAAAUCCGGUAGGCUUAUUACAGCACACAAGUUCAACCUACACCGCAACCUCCGACCCAUAAUCACUAGUCAUAGGUCGCGCCAAAUCUCAACGUACAACGUUGAUAUAGCAGGGCUCACAGAAGAGCAAGCUGAGUUCCGCAAUGCAGUAGCCGAGUUUGCCGAACGGGAGCUUGCCCCGCGUGCUGCACAAAUCGACAAGAGCAACAACUUCCCUUCAGACGUCUGGGAGAAACUUGGUGACAUGGGUCUACUUGGUAUCACCGUUUCGUCAAAGUAUGGUGGUUUGGACCUUGGAUACUUCUACCACACUUUGGCAAUGGAAGAGCUUUCCCGUGCUUCUGGCUCUGUUGCACUGUCGUACGGCGCGCAUUCGAACCUCUGUGUGAACCAAAUCCAUCGUCAUGGCACAGAAGCUCAAAAGCAGAAAUACCUCCCUGACUUGAUUGCUGGGAAGAAAGUGGGUAGUUUGGCUAUGAGCGAGCCUGGGAGCGGGAGUGAUGUAGUCAGCAUGAGUUUGAGGGCAGAUAAAAUAGACGGUGGUUGGAAGCUGAAUGGGAACAAGUUCUGGAUUACCAAUGGACCGACAGCAUCAACACUAGUCGUUUACGCCAAGACCGCUCCUGAGAGAGGUUCCAAAGGCAUAACCGCAUUCAUUAUCGAGAACACGUUCGAAGGCUUUUCCACGCAUCAGAAGCUCGAUAAAUUCGGCAUGAGAGGCAGUGAUACUUGCGAACUUGUCUUCGAUAACUGCAAAGUCCCAGAAGAGAACGUCCUUGGCCAGGUUAACAAAGGCGCGGGGGUCUUAAUGUCUGGGCUUGACCUUGAACGUCUUGUCCUGAGUGGCGGUCCCUUGGGUUUGGCGCAAGCUGCAUUCGAUUAUGCAGUAGAAUAUGUCCACGAUCGCAAGCAGUUUGGACAACCUGUGGGAACAUUCCAAUUAAUGCAAGGCAAGAUUGCUGAUAUGUAUACAAGUAUUAAUGCCAGCCGCGCGUAUGUCUAUGCUGUUGCAAGAGCUUGUGACCGUGGUCAGAUCAGUCGUCGAGACUGCGCUGGUGCCAUCCUCUACUCUACCGAGAAAGCUAUAGAGGUCGCACUGGAAGGCAUGCAAUGCCUCGGCGGUAACGGAUACAUCAAUGAUUAUCCUAUGGGUCGCAUUUUACGCGAUUCUAGGUUGUAUGCGGUGGGUGCCGGGACGCAAGAGAUAAGGAGGAUGCUGAUAGGAAGGGAGUUCAAUGAGCAGUUCAAAUCCUCAUGAUACCUCAGUGGUACUCCAGGCUGCUUUCGGACAGUAGUAGACAGUGGUUCAAUCGUCCCUAGCCUGGACAAUACCGUGUUUGAGCAAUCAUGACAGGCGUGCAUAAGAUUUUGAGAUGAGCGAUAUCUCCGAAUCUGACAGCAUUGUAUCACAUUGAAUUUGUAUAUGUUUUAGUUUGUAAUGUGCAAGGUAGGGCCUCACUGAGGCAGAACCUUGAUCAAAGUCGCCGCGGCGGG